AAUGUCAGUUUUAAAUAGUAUUUGUCAAGGAAUCCGUAUACAACGUUCGUGUGACCAAAUAAAUAUCUAAGUAUAAGUGGCCCUCAGUUAUUCAUCUAAUAGGUUUAGUGUUUAAGUUGACCCAAGUCCCACUUUGUGUUAGUUCUCAUUGACAAAUAUCAAAUAGAACGAUCCAAAGACAUACAAGUGAUCUCCGAUGGAAUAAGCCGUAUUUAAUCGAAAAUGAAAAUAUUUUCGAGCUUGGGGUUGUUGUUUGUAAACACCACCAAUAGAUGAAUGAAAUGGACGAUUAUGAAGAUGAUGAACCAGAUAUAAGGGAGCAAAUUUUUCACAACAAUGUUAGGGAGCAAAUUAUCUUUCUGCUGUUGUUCCUUGUUCUCUACCUUGUCAGCUAUGCUAUACUUAAACGUUAUAAAAGAAGCAACCAUGAGGAAUAUUAUAGCAUGGACAAAGAUGAGAUCACUGUUUAUAGGAUCAGCACAGCACUAUGUACCUUUUCUCUGGCAGUAUCUAUUGGUGCUUUAUUGCUUCUACCAAUUUCCAUAAUCUCUAAUGAGGUUCUAAUCAUCUAUGCUAACAGUUAUUACAUUAAAUGGUUAAACAGUUCCUUGAUACAGGGUCUCUGGAAUUAUGUAUUCCUGUUCUCAAACCUGUCUCUGUUCGUGUUUUUACCAUUCGCGUAUUUAUUCACCGAAUCUGAAGGCUUCUUCGGCUACCGGAAAGGCAUCCUUGGGAGAGUUUACGAAACGUUUACAGUAUUAGGCCUUUUGGGCGUGCUUGUGCUCGGCAUGACCUAUGUGAUAUCUGCACUUAUCGAUAAAGAAAAUUCUAGUUUGUACAGACUACUAAAUUUAUGGAGCUACUAUUUACCUCUUCUGUAUUCCUGCAUAUCUUUUUUUGGCGCCUUGAUACUGCUGGUGAGUACCCCUCUGGGCUUCAUCCGCCUCUUCGACAUCAUGGGCAAGUUCUACAUCAAACCCCAAUUCAUAAGGGACGUCAACGAGGAAUUUUACGCCUGCGCGAUGGAGGAGGAGAGUCUGAGACGAAGACUGAAACACGCUCAAGUCAACGGGAAGUUUUACACCAACGUACCGCCCCUGUCCGAGAACUUGUCGUCCAAUAGUCAAGACGACGAGUACGCGUUGCCGCAAGAGGUUAAGAAACUCAGAAACGGGGAGUUGCAGAUAGCCUUGGGAACCCUGCUCUCGGAGUUGGAGAGGAGACGGAAAUUUUUAGAUAAACAGAGGAGAUCUUCUUCUCUCUUGAAGAAUGUGAUAUACCCUGUCGCUAUGUUGCUUUUAAUAGGACUUACCGGCAUAGCCGUGCUGUAUGUGAUACAGAAUACCGUGUCAUUGCUUAUAGGCAUCCAGGCCCUACCUGUAAGCUCACAGCAAUUCACUCUGGGAGUGAGCUCGCUGUCGAAGCUUGGUACCCUAGGCGCUGCAGUGGAGAUCCUACUUAUCCUUUAUUUCGUAGCUACGUCUUUUAUCGGAUUGUACACCACGCCUAUAAUGAGGAGAAUCAGGCCCACCCCUAAAAGCACCCCUUUCAUCCUGAUAAUAGGUAACUGUGCCUUGGUUCUUAUUCUUAGCUCGGCGCUGCCGGUUUUAUUGAAGAUUUUAGGAAUAACCAAUUUCGAUUUGCUAGGCGAUUUCGGGAGGAUCGAGUGGCUGGAUGACUUGUAUGUAGUUGUCGGAUAUAACCUGAUGUUUGCCGCUAGUUCGAUGCUGUGUGUCUCGAUGAAAUUCUCUGCUCCGGUCAGGAGGGAAUUGUACGCUAGAAUUGCCGAGAGCUAUAGGAUGUUGAUGAACUUGUCAUUUUUGAAGUGAUUUUUUGUGAAAUAUUAUCGUUUCAGAUAUUGUUAAUCAUAAGACUGAUAUUGUAAAAUUGAUCUGAUUUGAUUUUAGGCAUAAUAAAGAAUGUUAUCUGUUUA